CGCCCCUAAGCCUCCGCCCCUUAGCUGCCAGUCCCCAGCAGCUCAGUCCUGCAGUGAGAGUCUUGGGAGUCCAUAGCUAAGCACCAGGAGCUGAGCACUGUCCGCUGUGCCUGCCUGCAAGUCUCCGACAUGGCUCAGGAGAAAAUGGAGCUGGACUUUGAGACUGACACCUCUGAUGGGUGCACCCUGAGGAGAGCCAACAGUGCUCCCCUGAUCCAUGGGCUCAGUGACCUUUCACAGAUUUUCCAACCUUACACAUUUCGAACUCGGAGGAAUAGUACAACGGUUAUGAGUCGUCACAGCUUGUUGCUGUCAUCUUCACCUAAUCGUAUUCCUAGUAGCAGACUGCAUCAAAUCAAAAGGGAAGAAGGCAUGGAGAUGGUGAACAGAGAGAGUGCACAUGAAAGAGAAGUGCAAACGGCAAUGCAGAUAAGCCAGUCGUGGGAUGAGAGCUUGAGCCUGAGUGAUAGUGAUUUUGACAAGCCAGAGAAAUUAUAUUCUCCUAAAAGGAUUGACUUCACUCCAGUUUCUCCAGCACCAUCACCCACCAGAGGAUUUGGUAAGCAAUGUUUUUCACCGUCCUUACAAAUGUUUGUGAGCAGCAGUGGGCUACCACCCAGUCCUGUUCCUAGUCCAAGACGCUUUUCCAGGAGGAGUCAGAGUCCAGUCAAGUGCAUUAGGCCCAGUGUUCUUGGUCCAAUUAAAAGAAAAGGUGAAAUGGAAACAGAGAGCCAGCCCAAGAGGCUGUUCCAAGGCACUACCAAUAUGCUGUCUCCAGAUACUGCGCAAUUGUCUGAUCUCAGUUCAUGGUGGUGUUAUCAAGGAGAAGAAAUUCCUGCCUUGACCAGAUGUGUGGAGCAUCUACAAAUGAAUGAAUAAUGUUAUUUACACACAGUCCACUGUGUAGAAAAGCAUACAUGGAGCUUGACAGCUUGUACCUACCGGGUGGUAUUAAGAGGCCUCAGGUGCCUUGGGGUACAGUGUUGUGCUGUAAAGGUGGGGUAGAAAAGCGGGCUUUAUGUGUCUAAUCGCCACAUACUGUGUCAAUUGCUGCUUUUUCUCAUUACUUUUUUGUCAUUCGAUUCGUUUGUUUGUCGUGUGGUGAGUGGUGCUGCUGACUGUGUUUUGGUUAUUGUGUCGUCACCAGGAUCUAGCUGCCUUAUAGUAAGGGCAGUUUAAUAUCUACAAGGAAGCUUGUAGAAGCUGAAACAGUCAACGUUAUUGUGCAUACUGCUUUUAAGAAGCUGUUUGAGCUGUGAACAGUGUACAUGAAAAUGAGUCAAAAGUACCAUAAAUUAUUUAAUUUGGACAGAAAAAAUCCUGAUGAAGCUAUUUUAAAAAACCCGAGUGUAAUCUAUUUUUGUGUUAUUUAUUAUUUAAAACUGUAAAAUGUCUCUUGUGAUGAAUUUCUUUUAAUGUUCUGACAUUGUGGUUUGAUUGUAUUUAGUAUGGAGAUUUACCUGCUAGCGUGAUAAUAUUCCACUUUGAAAUGAAUGUAAGAAAUGAAAACUACUGCAUUUGUGUCUUUUGAAGGCAAAGAUCCUUGAAUUGUAAAUGAAGACAAUGCACUUUGAAGGUCUUCACAGGCUAGUAGUGCUUACCACUUGAAGUGUUUUCUCAGAAUUACAUGGUAUUCUCUUUGAAUUAUACGAGAGUGUCACCGAGUUUGCAGUAAGUAGUUCUCUUCCAGCCUCAGAUGUGUAGUUUAUUUUCAGUCCUGAUAGUGACCAUUAACAGCCUCAUUUAUCAUAUUGUUUCACCUGUGCAAAGCCCAUGCUCCUUCAACCCUAACAUCAAUGUAUAUAUUAUGAAGAUUGUUCCCUCAAAAGCCAUUUUAAAGGAAAAUUGCUUUGAUGGUACUCAGUGUAUGUAUGUAUGUAUGUAUUGUUUGUGAAAGAACCAUGUCAAGACGUUUCUACCUAUAUAAUACCGAGAGGUCAUUUAUCUUACAGGAUUUGUAUCCACACUCACACUCCUGUCCUCUUUGCCUUAAAGGGACACUUUUGGCCAUCGUUUUUUUGACUCUGCUUUAGGGUUUAGAAAUAAGCUUUGGGUUGUGAUAUUUAAAUUUACUUUUGAAAUUCAGUGGUGAGGUAGAAUUGGUCAGGAAAAUGAAAUUGUUGCAGUGGUAGAACUAGGAGGCAAGAUGCCUCACUAUUGCUUAAACCAAGGUUUGUUUCUAUUAUUUAAAUUGACAAGAAAGUUAAGUUUGUGCAGGUAUUAUUUUGAAAUAAAUAGAAGAGAUGCUAAUGUUCAGAUGAACUCUAUUGACAGUGCCCCUUUAUUUUUAUAUAAAGUCUAAUAUUUGAAAAGUGGUCAUUGUUAUAAAAUACAAUUCUCUUCCUAUCCUAGUAUUAUAUCAUAUUUCAGGCUUCGAUUUGAAAAUAAAUACAAGUGAUGAUAUGAUAAUCCUGUAGAUGCUCUUUCUGCUUGAUUGACUUAUAUAAUCACUGUGUUUCAUGAUAACUGCUUUUGGAAUAAUAGGAAGAUUUGUGAAAUGCUGAUCUGUGUAUAUCGUAGAAUGAAAAUUUAAUAAAGUGUGUACACAUGC